AUGUUGCCAGAAAAGAGACUAUUGACUCCAGACGAUAUGAAACUAUGGGAAGAAUCCCCAACAAGAGCUCAUUUCACUAAAUUUAUUAUAGAUUUGGCUGAAUCUGUCAAAGGACAUGAGAAUUCCCAGUACAAAGAACCAAUAUCGGAGUCAAUAAACAGUAUGAUGAACUUGCUUUCGCAAAUAAAAGAUAUCACUCAGAAGCACCCAGUAAUAAAGGAUGCAGAUAGCUCGAGAUUUGGUAAGGUUGAGUUUAGGGACUUUUAUGACGAAGUUUCACGGAAUUCCAGGAAGAUCUUACGUUCCGAAUUUCCCUCUCUCACAGAUGAGCAGUUGGAACAAUUAUCGAUUUAUCUAGAUGAAUCAUGGGGAAAUAAAAGAAGAAUUGAUUAUGGUUCAGGUCAUGAAUUAAAUUUCAUGUGUUUACUUUAUGGACUCUAUAGUUAUGGAAUAUUCAAUCUUUCAAACGAUUCAACUAACCUCGUGCUGAAAGUUUUUAUAGAAUACCUUAAAAUAAUGAGGAUACUAGAAACUAAAUAUUGGCUUGAGCCUGCGGGCUCUCAUGGUGUUUGGGGAUUAGAUGAUUAUCAUUUCCUUCCAUUUCUAUUUGGUGCCUUCCAAUUAACCACCCACAAGCACUUAAAGCCGAUAUCAAUUCACAAUAAUGAGCUCGUAGAAAUGUUCGCUCAUCGGUACUUAUAUUUUGGUUGUAUCGCUUUUAUUAAUAAGGUCAAGUCAUCCGCCUCCUUGAGAUGGCAUUCUCCUAUGCUAGAUGACAUCAGCGGUGUAAAGACUUGGUCAAAAGUUGCUGAAGGGAUGAUAAAAAUGUAUAAAGCCGAAGUCCUUAGUAAAUUGCCCAUCAUGCAACAUUUUUACUUUAGCGAGUUUUUGCCUUGUCCGGAUGGUGUAUCUCCACCAAGAGGCCACAUACAUGAUGGGACUGAUAAGGAUGAUGAGUGCAAUUUUGAAGGACAUGUUCAUACUACUUGGGGAGACUGCUGUGGUAUAAAGUUACCGAGCGCUAUUGCGGCUACUGAGAUGAAUAAAAAACAUCAUAAACCAAUACCUUUUGAUUAG